AUGACAGAUAGUACUGAGACCAGCACACAUGUGCAGCGCGGCUACGUGGCCGAAGAUGUCGACGACAAAACUAUCGCAGUGGAGGAGAAGUUGGUAAAGGAACCGUUGAAUGAAUAUGGCAUGCCAGAUAAAUUGAGAGUGACGAAAUCACUAGUAAUUCGUAAGGCUGAGCUAAUGGCAAAACAAUAUGACACCUCAUUGCUGAAGGCACAGUUUUUACUGGCCACUUUCAUUUGCGCGUUUGGUUAUGGAUUAGAUACCAAUAUAAGAAGCGUCUACAUGGUAUAUGCCAUGGAUUCUUACCAGUUUCAUUCACUGACAUCCACAAUAGGUGUAGUGGGCCUAGUCAUAGCUGCGGUUGCUCAAAUAUUCUAUGCAGGAUUGUCAGAUGUUUUCGGUAGAUUGAGCUUAUUCCUUUUGUCUAUUGUGCUUUAUGUCGUGGGAACGAUUAUUCAAUCUCAGGCGUAUGAUGUCCAAAGGUAUGCAGCUGGGUCUGUUUUCUAUAAUGUAGGAAUUGUUGGCGUUAUGUUACAAGUAGUACUGAUUCUCUCUGACAAUUCCUCGCUGAAGUGGAGAUUGUUUUACACAUUAGUGCCAGCUUGGCCUCCCAUUAUCACCAUGUGGGCUUCGGGUAGCGUCGUUGCAGCAGCUGACCCACAAAACAAUUGGUCCUGGGGUAUUGCAAUGUGGGCAUUUAUUUUUCCAUUGACUUGCGUUCCAUUGAUUUGUUGCAUGCUUCAUAUGAGAUGGAAGGUUAGAAACGACCCAGAAUGGAAAGAAUUGCAGACUGAGAAAACGUUUUAUCAAACCCACGGGUUAGUGCAAACUCUGGUACAGCUAUUCUGGAAGCUAGACAUUGUGGGUCUUCUACUGUUCACUGCGAGCAUAGGAUGUAUUCUUGUCCCCUUGACUCUAGCUGGAGGAUAUUCCUCUCAAUGGAGGAAUGCUAAAAUUAUCGCUCCAUUCGUGGUUGGAUUCGUGCUCGCUCUUGCUUUCAUUUAUUGGGAGAGCAAAUUGGCUUUGUUACCGUUUGCUCCCUUCAAAUUGCUGAAAGACCGUGGUAUCUGGGCGCCUUUAUGGAUCAUGUUCUUAAUAUGUUUCAUCUAUCAAAUGGCUGCUGGUUUUCUCUACACCAUCUUACUGGUUGCCGUUGACGAAACUGUACUUUCUGCAACAAGAAUUUUGAGUCUGUACUCUUUUGUUUCCGCUGUCGCUGCUCCUUUCUUGGGGAUUUUGGUCGCCAGAUCUGCGCGAUUGAAACCAUACAUUAUUGCAGGUUGCUCUCUUUAUUAUGUCACCAUGGGACUCUUUUACCAUUACAGAGGAGGUCAAGAUUCUGAUAGAGGUAUUAUUGGGGCUAUGGUUGUCUGGGGUAUCGCUAGCUGCAUGUUCAACUACCCCAUGACCGUUUCAAUUCAAUCUGUCACGUCUCAUGAAAACAUGGCAACUGUCACAGCCUUAACUUACACAAUGUUCAGAAUUGGUGGAGCGGUAGCGAGCGCUAUUUCAGGUGCCAUCUGGACUCAAUCGUUAUACCCUAAACUGCUACAGUACAUGGGCGAUUCAGAGUUGGCUCAAGCAGCUUAUAGCUCGCCAUUGACUUUUUACCUUAAAUAUCCAUGGGGAACUCCUGUAAGAGAUGCUAUGGUUAUGGCUUAUAGACACGUGCAGAAGUAUGAAGUACUGGUCGCACUAAUACUAACGGGACCUAUGUUAUUAUUGACGUUUUGUUUAAGAGAUCCUGAAUUGACUGAUGAUGUUGCUCAAGAGCUGAAUGAAGGAGAAUACGUCAAAAAGAACCAAGAUGAUCCAAUCGGUGACUGGGCUGCUUCUCGCUUCUCCAAGCUGACACGCAGACGAUGA